UGGAACACACGUGUCGGCUACUGUUCCUUCAUCGGUGAGAGGCGCGUAUCGCGAUCGAAAUAACGAGAUUACGCAAAAUGUUCUCGCCGCUUGUUCGCAUGACAUGAUGUUCACACAUGUCGUGAUUGGAUGGGAGGGUUCGGCUCACGACUCAAGAAUUUUGUCUGAUGCCGCUACAUUGCAGACAUUCCCCGCUCCAUAUGGUGAACAAUAUUAUGUUGUUGAUGCUGGAUACCCCAAUAUUCCCGGUUAUAUGGCUCCUUACAAAGGGCAGAGGGACCACCGCAGUGACUUUAAUGAUGACACACCACCAACGACGGAGAAAGAGUUAUUCAAUCAGCGGCACGCAUCCGUUCGUAAUGUUAUCGAGCGGUGUUUUGGGGUGCUGAAGAGUAUAUUUGCCAUACUGCGGUCAAUGCCAAAUUACAGCCCGGUUUGCCAAGGACAAAUUACUCUUGCAUGCUUUGUAUUGCAUAAUUUCAUUCAGCUUAAUAAUUAUCACGACAGAUUAUUCGCAGAGCAUGGAAAUGCAUGGCAAUAUUACGAUGAAUUCCAAAAUCCUCCUCAUCUAAUUGGAGAUCGGGUUGACGUAAACAUGAGAAGCAGGGAAAUGGAUGCAUUACGUAACCGUAUUGCAGAUGCAAUAUGGCAAGCGGAAACAAGAUGAAGUCGG